AUUUAAUAUUAUGGAACUUGACCCCACAGAUCAAUUCAACCUCAGAGAGAAGAUCCAAAGACUCACUGUUGCUGAGUUCGACCAGAUCAUUGAUGAAGCUAAAGCAAGAGUCGACAUGGAGGAGCGCAAAGAAGACCAGAAGAUUGCAAAACUUGAACACCUCAGACUCACAUUGGUCUUGUUCAAUGAGAAAGCAACUGACCAAAAUAUCGAAGAGUUCGAAGACCUGUACCAGAAGCUCAUUGGGCCAGACCCAGAGAAUGAGGAUGAAGCCAUUCCUUUGAAGUACAAGGCAGAGUUCAUGUUCAACUUGUUUGAUAUCUUCAGAUACAAUGGAGGAUACACAAGAUGCAGAGUCUUGAUGGGCUUAUUCAAAGAAUUGUUUGAAACUCACAAAGCAGACGACUAUGUUGCCUUCAAAUACUACUCGGCUUACUUGUGAGUUGACUCUAACUAUAUGACUCUUGCUUGUAAAACUCCUGAAGAAUACAUUGGAAACAUCUUCGAAGAUAUCCACAGCAGAGAAUUUCCUCAGGAAAUCCUUAGAGAUCUGGAGUUCAAGAAGGAUAUGUUGUUCUGAAACUACUACUCCUUAGCAGAUACUGAGAAGUGGAUGGUUGCGACUGAUAAACUGCUUGAGACUUGUGAAUCUACAAGACUGCUACAUCUAAUGAAAGAUUUUGUCAUUGGGAACUAUCAAAAUUUUGCAAAAGAUGAUGAGAAAAUGAACAAGCAAGUGAGGCGCGCUCUCCCAAUGAUGAAAGAAGAACUCAAAACUCAUCUCGAACCAGAGCUUGCUGAUUGCUUCCUCGGCUUAUCUAUGAUAGAGAUCAUGGACUACAUGGACAAGAAGAACAAGAAGGACAAGAAGGACAAAGAAGGAGUUGCCAGGCGGGUAGAUGUUCUUAUUAAACUGACAGAGCAUCACAAGCUCACGAAAACCUCCAAACUAUUCUUCAAAAUCAUGGCCACUUUGGUGAUGUUCAGUCUUGAUCCUGAGUCUGUUGACCAGGGUAAGGUCUUUGGCUUCAGGAAAGAAUUCGAAGAGCUGGUCAGUAGAUCCACCUAUGAAAUGAACUACAGCAUGAUGGAUGGCUUCGGACUUCUAGUGAAUAUUCAGGAGUUGAUGGGAGCUAAAAUUGACUACCAAAUUGCAAAGAAUUAUGCUGAUCUGAUCAAAGAUGACAAGCUAUCUUACAUAAGCUUUGUGUCAUCACUUGAGUCUAUCCGUGACCCAACCAUGAAGCCAUACAUUGAGACUGCUCUUGAGUACUGAGAAGAAUUUGGAGUUGACAAAUUACACAAAUUCAGGGCAAAUCUUGACUUGGCAAAUAUUAUGGUCAUGAUGGUUGUUCCUGACAUGCAAGGCAUAAUGAAAGCAAUGACAGAGCUUGAUUCACUAGCCGAGCUUUAUGAACAAAAUCUAAAUAUUUUCCUUGAGACAAAGCUGCAGUCGAUCUAUUCUACACAACUAAUGAUGGCAAACUCAACUGGAAAUGUUCAGAAGUAUAUUCAGGUUGGACUGAAGUUCCUUCCAAAGCAAAGUGUUGUAAAUGAGUUUGCCACAGACACCUAUGAAACCAUCAUCAGCCAGAUAGCAGUGCAGGGAGAUAUAGCUAAAGCUGAUAAACUCUGCAAUGACUUCUUGGCCUAUGCCAGGAAAAAUGGCGAGAACACCAAGCCCUAUCACAAAGCAAUAGUUUUGAAAAUGAGCAUGCUCUCAGAAAAUUAUAAUUUAUCCCAAGCCCUUCAGGCUUCUGCAAAAUGUGAACAAAUUUCACUGGCUGUUUAUGGUGAAGGUUCUCUUGAACAUGCAAAUGCGAUCAGGGCGUCGUGUCAAAUGAAAAUUAAUAUCGGAAAGCUUCAAGAAUCCUACCAAGGUCUCCUCAACUGUUAUGAGAUGUAUAAAAGCAACUAUGGAUCUGAAACCAACCCUGCUAGCUCUAGAGUCCUGACCAGCUUGGCAAUGAUUAAAAAAUACCUGAAAGAAUUUGAAGAUGCUUAUAAUCUCGUUGACAAGGCAAAAGAAAUUGAGCAAAAAAUGACAUCAAAGUUCUCCCAACAAUACACGCUCAUUUUAAAAAUUGAGAAAUCAAUUGAAGAUGCCGAACAGAAGCAUCAUGAAAGACAUAAAUUACUCUUCGGAAAGAGCAAGAAGUACUCCAAGGCCAAGGUGGCUGUUGCUCUAAUCGGCUUCGGCUUGGCCACAUUCGGUGCUAUGUACUACUUCAGGAACAAGAGGUCUAAAUAAGUCGCACCCUAAUUGCUUUCAAUCAGCCAGUUGUUCCCUGG